AUUCCUCUGCGACCUGUUCACGACGGAAGAGCUCGGAAGCUCAUAGAAGCUCUUUCUUCAUCGGUUUCGGUGGUUGGCCAAGUGGCAAGAGUGUUGUCGUGUGUUGUUUUGACGGAUUAAAUCACUUUUUUCUCUUCCUGGUGCAUCGUAUUUAUUGCUGCAGUAUAUCCAUCAGCUGCUUCUUUUCAAGCCUUUUUAAAGAGCCUGUGAACUGCCCUGGUGGUGAUUGCAGCAAAUCAUUGUUUACGAUUUGUGUGAACUAGUUUCAGUCCUUGUUGCAAAUAAGUGCUCCGAUGAAUAAUGACCUGUUUCCGUUACUGGAGGUCACAUCUGGAUCGGUGAAGAUUCUGUAGAUUCGAUUGUAAACAUCGUCAGCGUUGGACGCAAGAACAGCAAAACAACAAUAUCGUCAUCGAUUCAAUUCCAGCGCUGCAGAGCCGAUUGAUUGAUCAAUCUUUUUCACGUAAUAAGCUGCAACCGUACCACAUACGAUCAUCGUCCACAAUGCAAGUGCUCAGUAAACUUACAUCCGUACCGGUUACCUGUAAGGAGUACGUCCAUCCAUGGACCAAUUCGUGCAGUAUAGCUUCGGCCGAAUUCUUAAUCGUCGCAGUACAGGACAGCCUGCGGAUCUACACAGCCGUCUAUAUGCUCUCGCUGGCCAUGCGCGGUCGCAUUCCAAGCUUCGAGGAACUGAAACGCACACUCCGCGGUCUGCUGCAGUCGACUGCCUUCCUAACGAUGUCCGCCUUCAGCUAUUCGGUGUUCCUGUGCGUCAUGCGGCGCUUGACUGGGUCGUACAAUUUCUACACCUCGUCCUACAUCCCAGCGUACAUAGCAGCGUUUGUGUCGAUCCUGGUAGAGCGUCCAUCGCGCCGGGGGCUGCUCUGUUUGUACGUGUCCAACGUGGCAACCGAAACCGGUUGGAAUAUUCUGAAAUCACGAGGCCUAGUGCGAUCACUUCCAUACGGGGAGAUUCUGAUCUUCGGAAUGUCCACCGCAACGUUGCUUUAUUUCUAUCGACUAAACCGGCAAAAAGACUACAAAGAUUCCAUGUUCGAUGUGUUCCGGUUUGCACUGGGAGACAGUGAAGUGAUGAAAUUGGACGAAGCGGCCGAUAGUAGACGGGAAAGUCGUUCCAGUGAACGACCUCCUCGGCGGGCUUCGUCCUACAAUAUGAUUCACGCUGCCGUGAAAGCCUACCUCAAUGUGAUAUCAAAAAUUAAGAAUAUGGCAAAGCAUGAACUGUGCCGGCACAAGCACAGCUGCAUCUACAAUACGCUCUCUGGUGGCAUUCGGAUGUUCUCCAUCGGGUUGGGCAUCCAGGUGAUCAUGAAAGUCCUGUUCCAAGCACGGAAGAUUAUACGAAGGCCGGAGCUGUUCAAGCGGACAUUCCUGAGCAAGGAGAUUCUGAAGCUUGGUCUGUUCCUGGGAGGGUUCACUUCCCUGUAUAAGAUAUCCUCCUGUCUUCUGCGGCACAUCACAAACGAUGAUAAGGCAGCUUAUGCCAUCCCAAGCGGACUGAUUGCCAGUGUUGCAUUCGGAUACUACGCGGAUACCACAAUUGCAUUGUACAUUAUGUGGAAAACUCUCCAGAUGUCCUACAACUGGGGCAUCGAGAAAGGCUACGUACCAAAGAUUCCCGGUUUCACCGUACUGCUGUACUGUGCGAGCACUGCACUGCUCUUCCACGCGGCUACCUUGGAACCGAUGACGCUCCGUCCUAGCUACUGGAAGUUCUUACACUCCAUUUCGGGUGGAAGAAUUUCCGUGAUGGAUCGAAGUGGAUUCGAUGUGUACGGUUUGGACACCACCGGUCAGAUUCGGACCGUAUCAAAACUGUGCAAUACUCCACAGGUGUUGAAGUUUAGGAUUUGAAGUAUUACAAACUGCUUACAAUUUCUUACGGCCAUUGGGGCGCCCUGCCUUAAAGAGAGAAUGAGAUUGAAAGUUUGAUUCGCAAAUAAUAGUGCACAAAAUAUUCGGGGGGUUGUCGGGAAACGUACAAUAUGCUUUGGUUUGCAAUGGAAUUGCACUAGAUAGAUAUGGAUGAUAUGGUGGAAAAUAUAGAGCAGUGAUAUUUCUGAGGCAGAAAAAAGAAUUCCGUACUGUGCCGAGAAUGCGAUCAAUAAGAAAACUUCUAUUUGAUAUGUUGAAUUUUACCUUGUUUUCAAUAAAAUAUUGUCAAUGAAA